GAUCGCUGCAGACUCAGUCAGUGCUCUGAGACUCGUCGCCUGCUCAUUCACUGUUCAGGGCUGGAGUUGAGCAGUCCGGGGCUGCUGCUGACAGUGCCCGUUACUUCGCCAGGGAGCCGCUACAUGUGGACUGUCAGCCAAAGACUCAACCGGUGGAUUAAGGCUGCUCCUAACCAGCUCUUCUCUCUCUCUCGCUCGUUCCUGGAGAAUCAGAAACAACAUGAAGUGUCCAGCAAGCCCUUUACUCGUAUUCAGUUUUUGCACCGUGUCUGCAUUGAUGAUCCAUCCAGAUUGUGAGCUGAUGUUGGAGAUCCAGCUGGCUGAGGAGAUGUGCCAGUCUGAACGAGCAACAGUCCAGACAGACUGGGAAUCUGGAUGUGACUCCAUGUGGGACAAUGUAUCCUGUUGGCCACCUGCAGUUACUGGUGCCACUGUGGUACUUCCUUGCCCCAAGCUUCUAUUGGCAUAUGGGGACAAACCAGGGAAUGUGAGCAGGGAGUGCACUGAUGAAGGUUGGACUGAGAUGGUGCAGUCUUACACAGAUGCAUGCGGAAUCAACAUGAGCAACAUGGAGGAUGAUGUUGAGGGACUAUUUCUGCAGGCUGUGAAGAUAAGUUACACAGUUGGCCACAGUCUGUCUCUCCUGUUCCUCAGUGUGGCACUGAUCAUUCUGUGCCUCUUCAGAAAGCUCCACUGUACCAGAAACUAUAUCCACAUGAACCUGUUUGUCUCCUUUAUUAUGAGAGCCAUUGCAGUGUUUGUUAAGGAUGUGGUACUCUUUGGCACCGACUUGAACCAGUGCACCCUAUCCACACCAUCGUGCAAAGCUGCAAUUGUCUUCUUCCAGUUCAGUAUCACAGCAAACUUCUUCUGGCUGUUGGCAGAAGGCAUGUACCUAUACACACUCAUCGUGGUCUUCUUCAAUGAAAGGGAGUAUUUCUGGUGGUACAUCGUGAUGGCCUGGGGUGCUCCACUGCUGAUCACUAUCAGUUGGACACUUGCCAUGCUACAUUAUGACAAUAUCGGGUGCUGGGAUUCAAUUGACUCUCCAUAUUUUUGGAUUAUUAAGGCUCCGGUUUCUCUGACAAUUUUGGUGAACUUUAUCCUAUUCAUCUCUAUCAUCCAGAUCCUUAUCCAGAAAGUGUAUUCAUCGGACAACAGAGGAAGCGAGUACAGGCAAUACCUGAGACUAGCGAAGUCCACUUUACUGCUUAUCCCAUUGUUUGGGGUAAACUACAUUAUCUUUGUCUUUGUCCCUGACCAUCUGAAUGUCUACUUCCGACUGGUGUUUGACCUUGUUCUGGGAUCCUUCCAGGGUUUCAUUGUUGCAGUCCUCUACUGUUUUUUGAAUGGAGAGGUACAAAUGGAGCUAGGCAGAAAAUGGCGGCGAUGGUGCACUCAGUGGUACCUCUCAGCUGAUUCAAGGUACUGUCCCCCUUCCAUGGAGAGUCACACCACAAAAGAAGGCACGCAGCUCUCCAUGGUGUCCUGUUACAACUCCCAAAUCCAAGCUGUCAAUAAUGACCAAGCUGACUCAACCAUUGCCUGAGGAUAUUGAGAUGAAAGGACAGUUGGAUUUUCGUCUUAAGGGUAAUCUGUAUAUUUCAAUUCAAGGGCCAAUUACCCAAGUGCUCAGUAUUGGUGGUCAUCUUGUUUAUCACAAACAUCACAAAAUUGGACCCAAUAAAAGUGUCCAACUUCAUUAAUAUGUGUGGUUGCUGAGCAAAGCUACAUCACCAAGCUGUCUGCAGUCAGAAAAUCUUGUGUUAAAUGAAGAAUAAUUUGUAUAAUUCAGUGUUUUUAUUUCAUCAAUAUCCUGAUGUGCUGGAGAGAAUAAUUUGGCUUUAAACUCACCAAAAUAUAGCUGCAAUAUCAGCAGAUAAAUGUAGAAUAGGCUUUUGUGAGACUUCUCAGAGCAUGAUUAGACCCAUAUUAAAACAAUAGGCCCAGAAAUGUUGCAGAAACAUUGUAUGUUCCACUUCUAACAUGAAUCCUCACAUGGUCCCUAUUUCUUAUGCAGCCAUCAGCCCUUACUGACAAUGGUCUGCU